AUGGCGAAUCUUCCCACUGUUCUCGUUACUGGUGCUAGUGGAAGAACAGGGCAAAUUGUUUACAAGAAGCUGAAGGAGAGUUCAGAUAAGUAUGUGGCAAGGGGAUUAGCUAGAACUCCUGAAGGAAAAGAGAAAAUUGGUGGAGGAGAUGAUGUUUUCAUUGGGGAUAUAAGGGAUGUUGAUAGUAUUAACCCUGCGAUUCAAGGGAUCGAUGCGCUUGUGAUCCUCACUAGCGCUGUGCCCAAAAUGAAACCUGGUUUUGAUCCCACUAAAGGUGGAAGACCUGAGUUUAUUUUCGAAGAUGGACAAUAUCCUGAACAGGUUGAUUGGAUUGGCCAGAAGAAUCAAAUAGAUGCUGCCAAGGCUGCUGGUGUUAAGCACAUUGUCUUGGUUGGUUCCAUGGGUGGAACAAAUCCGGAUCAUCCUUUGAACAAACUGGGAAAUGGGAAUAUACUGGUCUGGAAGAGAAAAGCUGAGCAGUACCUUGCUGAUUCGGGAACUCCUUACACCAUAAUCAGAGCUGGAGGACUUCUAGAUAAGGAAGGCGGUGCACGAGAGCUGGUAGUUGGCAAAGACGAUGAGCUUCUUCAGACAGAAACAAAAACCGUCCCUAGGGCUGAUGUUGCAGAAGUCUGCAUUCAGGCAUUGUUGUUCGAGGAAGCUAAGUUUAAAGCUUUCGAUCUCGGCUCAAAACCAGAGGGCACCAGUAGUCCGACCAAAGACUUUAAGGCUCUCUUCUCUCAAGUCACCUCUCGUUUUUAA